AUGAGGAGAAUUCCUCUGCUGCAUUACUGUUCCUAUACUAUUCGCUUUAGCUCAUGCUUUGCUAUUUCCCGUUCUGUUUCGGCAUUUACAACCAGAGAUUGUUCUUCUUCUCAUAGCAAUACAUCCAUUCCGCCAAAGAGUAAAAUUGGGGUAGCUAGCAGGCACCCAAUUAGUGAUUCCAUCUUGAAUAUAACGAUUAACAAUUAUUGCCUAAUGCAUUGUUCUGACUGUGGAUUUUCAGUGUUAGCCAUUUACUUGAAGAAUGGCAUGCCAUUUGAUGUUAUCACCUUAUUAAGGGGACUCUUUACUGAAAAUAAGAUCAAAGAUGCAGUUGUCUUGCUCAAAAAGUUAGUGAGAGAGAAUAUAUGUGAGCCUAAUGAAGUCACAUAUUUGACCGUCAUCAGUGGGCUUAGCAAAAUGGGCCAUACUCAGAAAACUUUUGAUUUGCUUAAGGUAAUGGAACAAGGAAGCGUUAAGCCCGACACACGUAUCUACAACAUUGUUAUAGAUGCCCUAUGCAAAGAUAGAAUGAUAGAUGCUACUAUUAGCCUUUUCGAAGAGAUGAAACAAAAAGGCAUGCCUCCGACAAUUAUCACAUAUAAUGUGUUGAUUGAUGGUUUGUGUAAGUUUGGUAAGUGGGAAAAGAAUGGACUUGUUGAGAAAGCUAUGUUGCUUUUUCAUGAGUUGGAAAAAGAGAGAGAAGCUAUUGAUAUUGAACUUUACACUGUAAUUAUUGACGGAUUGUGCAAAAAUGAUUUAUCUUUUCAGAAGCACGCCAAGUCAGUUAAUCUUUAG